CUCUGCCUCUGGGAACUGGGCUCUCACAGUCUCCGGAGCUGCUGGAUGUGGGAUUUGUGCACCUGGGGCCCUGGUGUGGAACGUUGGAACUAAGGGAUGAGACUUGUGGGGGCCUCCUGGUAUGGGGAGGGGCAUUUGACUACUGGGCACCAGCUGGAUAGUUACCCGGGAUAUUGCGCUGUGUGACUCACACCUGUCUGACCAGCCUGGCACCCUGAGGGAUGUACUCUGGGAUUUAUUGCGGAACCUAUGGGCAGUUGGGCACAGAGCGCUCGAGUUACAGAGUGCGUUGGCUGUUUAUUCCCCUGGAUACACCCAUUGCAUAUACGACUAACCUAACGCUAUGCAUCCGGACCCCGGGCCCUGGCAGACAGCGACAGCACUUUGCAUCUUGUUAAUGAUUCUGAUCACAAGUGCCAGCCCAGAAGGAACACCUCGUUUAAUAUCUGAGCCCAUUUCCACUGUUCAGAAGCCCGGAGGCGCUGUAACUCUGAUUUGUUCUGUUGAGCCACGGGAAGCCCACAUCAGCUGGUUGUUAAAUGGCAACUUACUGGACACAACACUCAUCUCGAGCAUAGAGGUUCAAGCAGGGCAGCUAACAAUCCCAUCUCUGGGCCCCACACAAGCCGGCUGGUACCAAUGUAUUGCCAACACUAGCAGAGGGGCCAUUAUUAGCAACCGUGCAAUCGUGUCACUAGCUAAUCUGGAAGACUCUGACACGUCAGCACGGCUCACUGUAACCGCAGAGGAUGGCAGCAGUGCGUUUAUUAAUUGUCACAUACCGCACAGUAACCCUAAGGCGCGAGUCCGGUACAGAGUGAGGAAUUUGUUCUGGCUGGAGGAAUCUACAGACAAGUUUAUCAUCCUCCCAUCCGGUAACCUGCAGAUUGUUAACGUAUCAUCUAACGACCAGGGAACAUAUAAAUGCGAAGCGAUAAAUCCACUAACUCACACAGGAAGAAAGACCCAGCACAGACUGACAGUUAGACCUUCUUCUCACAAUGACUCCUACAUCAUACUCCCUACCGUGUCUCAGACACACUCUGUGCACCUACAUGAGCCUGUUUCCCUAGAGUGUGUGGUUGUGGGGCCUGGAAUUCCUCGUGUCCGUUGGUACAAAGACGGUCAGGAUGUCCGAUUGCUGGGGCGACGGAAAUUGUUACACACACACCUUGUAAUUGAUAAAGUGGAAAGAGCAGAUGCAGGAAACUAUUCCUGUGUACUAGAGAACGAUACCAGAGGCCUGCGCCGCGUCAACUACACCGUUAUUGUUCUAGAACCUCCUUCUCUGUCGCGAUUACUUGUGGACCAGUCAUCACCAGCUGGUGGCACAGUUCAGUUUACCUGUGAGGCGCAGGGCUUCCCAGCUCCUAAUAUAACCUGGUUACACAAUGCUGUGCCCGUGCACACGUCCUUGAGACACCAAGUGCUGGCAAACAAGCUAACCAUAACAAAUCUAAUUGCUGACGAUUCAGGAAUGUACCAGUGCGCUGCAGAGAAUGGAGUGGGAGCAGCGCAGUCUGCCGCGCGGCUGAUAGUCAAGUCUGACAUAAGGACAAGGCCAGUCAUUGUGUCACCCCCUGUGAGUGUCACAGUGAUGAAUGGGGAACUAGUCUCCUUGACAUGUAAUGCCACUGGGGUGCCCACACCUACCAUCCGGUGGUAUGACAAGUACGGCGCCAUCACAAGCCACCCUUCACAAGUGUUGCUUUCAAAGUCACGCAGGACGGCAGCGGCCAGUUCCCAGCAGGACCCUGCUCAUGUCACCAUGUCUCAAGCAGGUUCCAGCACUUUGUACAUUCGAGCCGUCACAGCACAGCAUGCUGGAAAAUAUGUUUGUGAGGCUUCCAAUGAGCAUGGGUCAGUGCAUGCAGAGGCCUACCUGACUGUGGUUCCCUAUGAGCUGAGUACAAGACCUGAGGAUAUAACACCAUCAGACCUGACGCAAAGUGACUCCGAAACCCUCUCGCCAGACGCCUCACGGCCGGGAUUGCGGUCUCUAGCUAAUCCACCGCCCACUGCCAAACCUUUCAAUGGAGCCUCCUUGCCUGAAGCCCCAAUUAUACUCAGCCCCCCUCAAACCACGAAACCGCACAUAUACAAUCUGAUGUGGCGAGCUGGAAAGGACGGGGGGUUACCCAUUAAUGCAUAUUUUGUGCGUUACCGUAAGCUGGAUUACAACAGCAACAUGAUGGUCAACUGGCAGUCAGUCCGCGUUCCGGCCAGCGAAAACGAAUUCCUUCUGACCGAACUGGAACCUGAAAGUCUGUACGAGGUCCUGAUGGUGGCACGAAACUCAGCCGGGGAAGGCCAGCCAGCCAUGCUUACUUUCCGGACUAGUAAAGAACGCAGCUCCUCUUCCAAACACACGCAAGCACCCUCUCCUCCUGUAGGUGUUCCAAAGCAGCCUGUUCUGUAUGACAGCUCCAGCGGUCUGGUGCGGCCCGACUCCCGCCAAAGUGGAGUCCCAGAAGCCCCUGACCGCCCGACCAUAUCCACCGCUUCUGAGACCUCUGUGUACGUAACGUGGAUCCCACGCGCCAACGGCGGAUCUCCAAUCACCUCCUUUAAAGUGGAGUACAAGCGUAUGGGGAGACUCUGGGUCACUGCUGCAGAGCACAUUCCUCCCUCCAAGCUGUCUGUGGAAGUGUCUAACCUGGAGCCAGGGGCCACGUACAAAUUUCGUGUCAUCGCCAUAAACAUACACGGAGACAGCAAGAGAAGCACGCCGUCCCAGGCUUACCAAGUGGCUGGAUACAGCAACCGACUUCCCAAUCCCUUAAUUGUUGGUCCUCGCAUUGACCACACCGAGGCAAUGACAGACACAUCAAUCAAGCUGAAAUGGACAUACAUACCGUCAACCAACAACAACACACCCAUCCAGGGCUUUUACAUCUAUUACCGGCCCACGGACAGCGACAACGACAGCGAUUAUCAGAGGGAUCAGGUGGAAGGUACAAAGCACAGUCAUUUAAUUAGCAACUUGCAACCAGAAACCUCCUACGACAUUAAGAUGCAGUGUUUCAACGAGCGCGGAGCCAGUGAUUACAGCAACGUGAUGAUGUGCGAGACUAAAGCCAGACGGAGCCCGGGGGCCCCUGAUUACCCUGUACCUGACCUCAGCACACCAGCUACAUUUGAGCGCAGUGGAGGGAGCAAUUCUGGUGUCUCCAAUGCCCUGGCUAGAAGCAGUGACAUGCUCUAUGUCAUCGUAGGAUGUGUCCUCGGGGGCAUGGUCCUUAUCCUUAUGGCGUUUAUUGCCAUGUGUCUUCUGAAAAACCGUCAGCAGAGCCUCAUGCAGAAGUUUGAGCCGCCCGGAUAUCUGUACCAAGGAGCUGACCUUAAUGGGCAGAUUAUAGAAUAUACCACUUUACCCGGCACAAGCCUCAUCAAUGGCAGCGUCCGUGGAGGAUUUAUGGGGAACGGAUGUCCCCAUGUGCAUCACAAAAACCAUAACGGCACCAAUGGAGUAAUGAACGGGGAACCGUAUUCCGGCUGCACCAACACGCUGAAGCCAUCUUACAUGGACUAUGAGUGCCUGCCACACCACAUCUCAAACGGUGGCGUGAUGUAUACUGCCGUCCCACAGACAGAUGCUGCAGACUGCGUCAACUGCCGAAACUGCCACAAUAACAACAGGUGCUUUACCAAAGCCAAUGAAACAAACAAUGGCAGCGCGGUACCCAUGGUGUCUGCUGUCCUACAAGACAAUAUGGAAGGAAAACCUCUUAAUCACGUGCUGGUCCCAAUGUCUGUGGCACCCUCUGAUCACCAGCAUAGUGUAGAGAUGGAGAGCAAUGCCAGAGAAUCAGUUGCGCCACCUUCCCCACAGCCAAUCAGCGAGACUGAGUCAGCACAGAUGGACACAGAGAGCCAGGAAGGAGAUGAUCAUCUGUGUACAGAAGAAGAAAACACCAUGCUGAGCUGGUCUCCCCUAACACUUUUGUCUAUGCCCUGGGACUGUAAUGGAAAAUCUGCUCGGACUAUUCCAGACAUUACAUUAGGCAGCUGCGGAGGGGACUGUCUACCAGAGCAAACUUCAGAGGCUUAGAGACAUUUGUGGCCUCAGAAACGCAAGCUCUGAGUUCCCCUGUCAUCCAUUUUUUUCCCUGUGCAGGGAGAGGACAUACCCUGAGUGCUGUGCCAACCGGUACAAAGAAGCUGCAGAUUAUUUGCCUCCCAGACAUGUCUCAUUAGCUACUAAAGUGUUUGAAAUAAAUCCCUGAUGUGUUUAUAGGGUAUUUAGCGCCUAGUGACGCAACCUUGCGCGGCCUAAUAACGGCUGGGUAUCGGCUCAGCACAUUCUGCCUGGACAGCAAGAACUGAAAUGGGUCCUAGACCACGUAGUGAGAUAUUAAUGACACUAUUUAUUUUUUUGUAGAAGCUUAAAGUUAUAUGAAUGUAUAUUACUUAUACAGAUGUUUGUCUUCUAUUAUUUAUGCCUCAAAUGAAAAUGAUUAUUUGUUUUUUUUAUUGAGUGUGAGGGGCAGCAGAGGGAGAGUUUUGCAUUAAGCUCCUUAACUUGCUGUCUGAAUGAGGAAUUUUGUGCUCAAAUCAGACGCUUUGGAUUCUGUUCUCUGGUGACAGCUUGUUAAAAGUUCUGACACAAGCACUUUUAUGGGACACUAAAACGUACACCUACCUAAUAACUGCACUCUGCACAUUGUUAUCCUCUAGAGCCAACAGUAGAGAUAAGCUGUCGGAAUUUCCUUGAUUUCCAGUGUAAUCGCGGCUAUAAGCUGUCGGAAUUGUCUUCAUUACCAGUGUAAUGGCGGCAAUUUUUUCAAUUUAAGAAAAUUAAUUUUUUAUUUUAUUUUUUUAAAAUCACCUGACAAUUUCCUAGUUAAGGGAUAAUAUGUAACGCUUACUGGCGCACUUACGUGUCUUAGUAGCUCCUCUCAUUCUUCGUACGUACUGUAGUUGGAGGAGCCUUCAGUUACACUAGACUUAGGCAACUCAUUAAUGUCCCUGAUGCCGUUGCUGAUGCCAUUACUGUUGCUGGCGCAGCACGGUACACUGCCGGCUGUUCUGUUGUGUAAUUUAUUUUAUUGGCACUGUUUUAAGUGUUUUUUUCUUUUCAUAUUAUUAUUUAUAUGAGAAAUUGUAUUAGCCAGGCAGGCUCGCACGUAUGUAUAGAGGUGCCAGGUAGAUGUCUGGAGCAAAUAACCGGUCAGCAUAGCGACAUGUCAAUGGUUAUUUAGGGGAAGUUUAUCUAGCACUGAAAGCUGUAAAAUAGUUGUAUAAAUAUAGAUAUCAGAUCACAAAACCUUGUGUAACACAGCAAUAACUCACUAGAGGGCAGGAUGUGACUAUGCUCAGAUGUGACGCAGGACUGCGACCUGUAAUAAACACCAGCGUGUCAUGUUUACUAAUCCAUAUUAAACGGUGUUAGGCUGCAACAACUAAUAGGUUUAUCAUAAAAAUAGUUGUCAACAAAUGUCAUCAAUUAGGGGGUCUGCAAUUAGUUGGUCAGUUGCAAGGCACCAGCUGCUCCGAUUAACUUCUGCACAUGGUAUUGUGCAAAUAUGGUUUGUUUUAUCCGAUUAAUCACCUGAUUAUUAUCAGAUUUAUUAGAUAGGAAAAUAAAUAAAUACCAUGUGCAGGAGUUCAUCAGACUGAAGCAGCUUCUUACCUGCAACUGACCAACUAAUAGCGUACCACUUUAUUGAUAAUGACAUUCGUUGACAACUAUCUUUAUAAUCAAUCCUACCGAUUAGUUAUUGCAGCCCUACACCGUUUAAUACAGAUUAAUCCUACUGAUUAGUUGUUGCAGCCCUACACCGCUUUAAUAUAGAUCAAUCCAACCGAUUAGUUGUUGCAGCUCUACACCAUUUAAUGCAGAUCAAUCCUACUGAUUAGUUGUUGCAGCCCUACACCGUUUAAUACAGAUUAAUCCUACUGAUUAGUUGUUGCAGCCCUACACCGUUUAAUACAGAUUAAUCCUACUGAUUAGUUGUUGCAGCCCUACACCGGUUAAUACGGAUCAAUCCUACCGAUUAGUUAUUGCAGCUCUACACCGGUUAAUACAGAUCAAUCUUACCGAUUAGUUAUUGCAGUCCUAAACCGUUUAAUACGGAUCAAUCUUACCGAUGAGUUAUUGCAGCCCUACCGAUUAGUUGUUGCAGCCCUAAAACAGUGUAAGUGACAAACGUGAUGCUCCUGUCUCGAUAGGUUUGUUCCUUUUACCGUUUCCUUAGAGUUAUUGUUAGCAAAUAGGACAGAAUACAAGACACACAGUGACCAGGCACAAUAACAUGACGGUGCUAAAUUAGUCACCCUAUUGAACUGUUGCAGAUUAAAUAUAUAUUAAUAACUGUAGUGUCUUUAGUCAUCUCAAGGGGACGUAUGUAUGAAACUUGUUCAAAAAUGUGUUUUUUUGUCUGAAAGAAACAUGAAGUACAAAUGUUUAUGGUCUUCAUUAUUGACUGAUAUGUAAUUACUACAAUUGCUCAUUUGCUGACUGUUGCAUUAUGCAUUUGAACGUAUCAGCCAUUGAGAAUAAGAUGUUAGAGCCUGUCAGCCAAUAAGAAUUACUACGAAGAACACAACUAAUAUUGCUGAAAUAUUUUUACCUCUAACAGUUUUUACUUUACAUUUGUUAGACAAAAAAAAUUGGAUCAUGUGGAUGACAUAUUUGAGUACAGCGUCCCUUUAAGUUACCAGUGAAUGACAUUGUGGCUCAGUAAGUUGUGGCACGUCCCUGUCUGUCACAUGUGACGCAAUUCUACCCCUUUGUGUGUUGUCAUUGGUCUCACAAGCUAUUGAUGUAUUUCCUGUGAAAUUCCAACCAGUUACGCCUGAUCCCCCAUAGCCUUUAGAGAACAAUGUUAUCUGUAUACACCGGUUUCAUUUUCCUAGGGCAAAGUGUUAACACUAAUUAAUGUGACACCGCAACAUCAAAUACAAUAUAACGCACCUCUAUGUGACACGCCUCUAUGUGACAGUGACAUCAAAUACAAUGUAACGCGCCUCUAUGUGACACAGUGACAUCAAACACAAUGUAACGCGCUUCUAUGUGACACAGCGACAUCAAAUAUAAUGAAACGCGCCUCUAUAUGACACCGCAACAUCAAAUACAAUGUAACAAACGCCCCUUUUUAUUACUGUACAGAACUUUACAUGAUGUAUUUUUUUUUGACCAGGACAUUGUUUUUCUUAUUGUGUAAAAAUAUUGUUAUUAAAGAAGAAUAUACUUAAUAUAAAAGUUGCUGAUUUCA